CUCGCACGUAGCGGGAGUCUGUUUAAUGAAGUGUGCUUUGUAAGACUUACAUAUAUACUUACUUAUGUAUAUGUACAACAAUUUCUAUUUUACCAAUAAAAAAUAUGAAUAUUUCAUUAUUUGCCGAAUUUAGCCCUAUAGUGGAGAUAGUGAAGUUUGUAACAUAGUUGCAAAGUGUUGAGUUUUAUUAAAUUCGUAUGCUUUGGUUUGGCAUUUGUGAAAAGUUUACCUGAAAAUCCUGCAAAUUACUCCUAUAUAUACAUACAUACAUUAAAAAAAAUGGAAAUACCAUUAUCGAUGCUGUUGUUGCUCUGCCUGGUAUUUACCAUUAUAGGAGCGGCUCUGAUGUUAUUGCUGCAAUAUUACCUUUAUUUACGAUUUUCCAUACUUCCGGAGGCGAGUGCUGAACAAAAGGAUAUCAACACGAAGUACUCACUACCAGCGAGAAUUCAGCAGACAGCACGUGCCAUAAAUCUAUCGUCACCUGCAGCGGCGACAACGGGGCACACACACACUGCUGGUGCGACAGAUGCAGCACCAUUAAUGUCAAUUAACUUUGUGAUGCAAUUCCUUUUUCAUGAAUUGAAAAAUUCGAGUCGCGUGCGAAAGUGGUUCUAUCGUAAAUUAUCGCUGGAACUCGAUGAGCUGUUGGCAAAAACCACGACUGGAAAAUUAUUCGACAAACUGACGAUAAAAGAACUGGAAUUGGGUGACCAAUUUCCAGAGAUUAGAAACUUACGUGUACAUAACGUGGAAUUGGAUGAGGCCGGUGAUCGUAUUGAAAAUCUUGAUAUUUUGCUAGAAAUUCACUACACAGGAAAUUUCCGUACAUGGAUCGAUGCUGAUAUGGUGCUGGGCAAAAAGGGAUCUCUCACAUUAAUUGUGAAGCAAUUAUCCGGCUUGGCGCGCCUUCAGUUUACUCGCGAUCCUUAUACCCACUGGUCCUUGAGUUUUCUCGGUGAUCCAGAACUUGAUUUGGCCAUCGAGUCUAAAUACCAAGGACGUCAAAUGCAAUCAAAUAUUACCAGCCUCAUUUCCAAUCAAAUACGAAAGGCUGUGCGACGCAAGCACACGCUGCCGAAUUAUAAACUACGCUACAAACCAUUCUUCCACAAGACACCCGAAGAAGAUGCUGGCGAUGGUGAUAUACAGCCAAAUGGCACACUGGAGGUUAAGGUAUCGGAAAUUUCACGACUUAUGUGCCCGGAAGUUGUGACAGAGGUUUAUUGUACAUUAACUUUGGCGUCACUGGCGUUUGUGGAAAUACGUCAGAAAGAUAAUCGUAAUGUAGUAGUUUCAAUGGAUGUGGAAAUACAUAAGGCAAAAAAUCAGCAGGUUGGCAUACUAUUUAGGCAAAUAUCAGAGCAAGGCGUGGAAAUCGAGGCGGUGUUGCCCAAUACGCCCGCCUGUAAAUCGGAUUUGCGUGCUGGUGAUAUGUUGACCGCCAUCGAAGGCAAGCGCGUCAUAUCUAUCCAACAAGUGGCGAAAAUUUUCAAGAGUUUGCAGGCUUCCGUUUUUCGGUUGCGUAUCGAACGCAUUAUACCAGGCAUCAUAAGAAACGAUGCUAUUUUGGAAGACCUCGAAUUGUACGAAGAUUUGGGCGAUGCGCAUAUGGGCUACGGUGUAGGCAAGACAUCAACCGAAGCAGAGUUGAGCGGAAAGCAGACGAUUUCACGCCCAGGUACAGCUGAAAAGUGUACUUCCAGCGAAUCUAGCCAUGGCAACACACCUACUAGCUCACCAAAGAAGACCAAGCUUAUUACAAAAGCUUUAAAGAAAACCAUAAGUCGCGAUAGUAGUGAUCAAGUAAAAGAGAAGGAGGACGAUUUUAAGGUGAGGAGUAAACAAUUAGCAAAGCAGGAGAUCAAGCCAAAGGGUUCACCCAAGACGUUGGGGGAUGGCGUGAAUGAAGUGGAGCAUUACUAUCAGCACUCGACGGUAGAUUGUAGCAUUGGUAGCCUCAUACACAUGGAUGACAUGGGAUAUUUCAAAUUGGAUGAAAGCUCACGUUUCCUUAAUAUUGGAGUGUAUUCCAAAUGUACCGGUGAUAGCUUGUUGCUGGGCUUUGUGAAUAUACCAGUGGGUCAGAUUUUAGCUGAAUGCUGUGAGACGAGCUUGGUGCAGUGCUGGAAGAAGUUUGAGCUUAGUCCACCGAUGCCGCAGGAUUUAAAAACCCACAAACUUUCCAGUCAAUCUGGCUUCAAUGCAGAUUUAUGCUUUGGCGAUAUGCUGCUCGCUUUUACCUGGGAUGGCAAUCCAAAUCUGUCGCUUAACGAGGCAGCUGUCAAACAGGUUGCUAAAUCCAAAAGCAAAAAUAAUAUUGCUGCCGAAAAAACAGAUAAUGAUAGUGGAAUUUUCGACAACAAUUCAUUACGCUCCGUGCCCAGUUCUAGUUCGCUUGCAUCGACUACGCAAACAUCUUCAAAUCAGCUACGCGCGCACAGUUUUGUUCGCACUCAUUUUCAGCGCGCCACUCAAUGCGAUUUUUGUGGCAAGAAGAUUUGGUUAAAAGAUGCCGUACAGUGUAGCGAAUGCGCCAUGUGUUGUCACAAAAAGUGUAUAACGAAAUGUCAAAAUGCAACAGUUUGCGGGCCGGUUGAUUGCUCCACGGCGCUACAACAAAGACAACCUUCAAUCUCUAGUACUGCUCCGGAAUUCACCGUUACCGAUGCCGAUGCUUUAGAUGCUUCUGAAGGAGAAGAAGCUAUGUCAGGCGAAAAUGAGGAGACGGUGGAAACAGCCUCUACUAAGGCGUCACCAACUCCGAGCCUCGAGGUUCAUCGAUCAAGUCUGACGGGACUAUUAGCACAGGGAAUGAAACGUGUAAAUUCAGCUAAUAAUCUCGCCAUACCUGGAAUUGUGUCCUCUUUGACUGGUGGCGGUGGUGGUAGCGGCGGCGGCGGAACAGGCGGUAGCAACACAUCAUUGGCAAAAAGUUUGCCACCCAGUCCGCAACGAUCACCAUCGCGUAAAUCAUCGUUGGUUUGCAAUCCCUUUGCUACCUUCGAAGUAAUCACCCAGCGCUUGGAGGCUAUACCCACAAAGGCAACGACACUGAGCGUCGAGCAGAUAAACGCCAUCAGUGAGCCAAUAAUGAGCAUCACGAAAGAUGAAGACGUUAUGACUUUGGCUAAAAACGCUAGCAGAAAUCUUUAUAGCAAUAUAAAUGGCGUGGAACGUGUUGAAAAAAUUAAUCUAUUGCUAAGCAAACUUCGUUUAGCUUUAGACAGUGAAACGGCCACUUAUUCCAGCUUGGCAUCCGCCAGUACAACGAAAAAUGACAGCGUUGAUACAAACAAUGCAGUUUUAAAGUCUACAAUACUGAGCAAAUCAGAGGAGCGUGUUCAGGCGCUUAGUGUUAUCAUGCUAUAUCUCUGCACCGCGCUGCAGCAUGCACAGGGUGUCGAAAUGCGUUGAAAUGCAAAAAAAUAAUUUAAAUGAAAAUACUUUUGGAACAAAAACAUCUAGGAAAAAUGCAAGUACUAAAUUAAAAGAAAAAAAAAAAACGAAAAAAAAUCAUACCGAACAUACUGAACUGAAGGCUGAAGUAUUACAAAAGUGGAAUUUUAAUGUAGCGCUAAAGCACCCCUCAAACUCCUUAAACACUUUUAAAGAUAAUAAUCCGUUUCGAGUAUUAGGUUAAAUUUUUGUGAACAUACCACAAUACAUGCAUAGAUAUAUUAUUCAAAAAUCUCACAAAACAAGGUGCUUUAAUGGAGUUAAUUUUAUGGAAAUCCAAAUACAAACAUACUCAUAAAUAGUGCUGAUUUUAAAAGUUGGAAAUUAUAAGUAGAAUACACACAUAGCUAAAAGUGUAUUUGAUUGAUAUGAGUAAAAAACGAACUAGUAAAAUGUGGGGGAACCAAAAGUAUUAACUAUAUAAGUACAUACAUACUAGCAUACUUCUUUAAAUAGCUGUGUAGUACACAUAUUCGGGAGCUUACUGUUGUUGAAUGAAAUUUAGUGUCGAUCUAUGUAGCGUAACUCAAUGGUGUUUGCAUGUGUGUAGAAUAGGGAUGUCAAUAUCGGAAAAUCGGGAUCCCGGACUAUCGAUUUUUUAAUCCCAAAAAUAACGGGAGGACUUGAUUAAAAUCACAAGAUUGUUGAGUGCUAUUUUUUUAUAUCAGCUUGAAAUAGGAAAAAAUUCGUCACAAAAAUCUCCCUUUUAAAGAAAAGAAAACUUUAUUUGCAACGUUAGUUGAGCUUUAAGCAUUUGCAAAAGUUUCUUUUAUAAAACAGCUGAGUCCAUAAUCGGUGGGGAAUUGUGCUUUAGCAGGCACAGCCGUUAGUCUGAAAUAUAAAUUGCAUGGCGCUUUAAUCAGCAGGUCGUCAACUUCGUUUGAUAUGCCCGUAUUUUUAAUUAAGGAAGAGAGGUUGGAGGACGCAUUUCAUUUACCACCAACAAUCUAGCCAAUAAGUGUUGACGCAGAACGGUAUUCUUCAUCUGUUAGCAUUGCAUGCAAUACAUUUAGGGCACGCUUGCAGAAUAAAAUUAUAAAUGGUUUAAUUUUUUAAGAUGAGAAAAAUGAUUUUUAAAAAUAGUUCUCUAAUACAUUUUAAAUACAUUAAAUGCUAUGCCUCAUUUAAUUUCGAAACAGUUUGGGGAUCCCGGGAUCCCUUGACAUCCAUAAUGUAGAAUAUGUAGAGUAGAAUGAGGAAAACAAUUCACUAAGCUUAAAAAGGAGUUGUUGUAAAAAGAAACAAGGAAAAAUGUGUUUUUAAACUUCAUUUUUAUGUAGCGAUUUUUUAUGCACCCAUACAUAUAAUAUCCUUUUUGGUUUACUUUUCGUUAUUUCCACAAACUUGCUUUUUACAAGGCGAAGUCCAAAAUAAACAAGACUGAGCUAAAAUAUACCUAAAUGACAGGAGCUUUGCUCUGAUAACUUCGAGUUUAUUUAUUCAAAAUAGUCCCCUUCAGCCUUGAUAGACUGUUUUGGUCGAUCUAAAAGCUUUUGGAAAGAGUGUUUCAAAACAUUGACCGGAAUGCCCAUCAUGAUGUGGGUACAAGCCUUUUGGAUGGCCUCUACGAACGCAAAACGUUUUCCCUUCAUGGUCAAAUGCAAUUUUCGGAAUAGGUACAAGUCACAAAGAGCCAUAUCAGGUAUUCAGGGCGAAUGCAAUGCAGCAAACGCCUCAAAACGCCAAGAUAGAAAAUUGCUCUGACGUUUCAGCCCAUUGGCACGAACUCCUUGUGGUCAAUUCCCUUGGAAUCGUAAGAAUAAAUGAGCGUCGACUUGAUUUUUCAUUUCUCCAAACGCGAUUUUUUGGGUGGGUGCUCGUAUAGGGCCUUCCAUUCGGCACUUUGGCGCUUAGUUCAGGUUCAUGCUGAAAACACCACGUUACAUUAUCAGUUGCUAUGUUGAAAAGGAAGUUCUCGUUUUUUCUCGCUUCUUUAAUGAGGCCUUCCGAAUGCUGAAUUCUGAGAAAUUUUAACUUGUGCGGAAUGAAACGUGCACAGACCUUUUGUAUGAUCAGUUACAAUACCACAAAUUGAUGUUUUGUAGAUAUUAGCCCUUUGUUCAAAACACAUUUUUGUACCGAUGACACAAUAUGCUGACACUUUAGACGCAAUAACUUCGCUUCCACUGAAUCGAAUGUCAUCAAGCUUCCACUGGAAGUCAGCUAUUGAUGUAACUUUUAACGCAUCAACUCAUUAAAAAGAUGGCGCCAUCAAAAACAUUUUAUGACGCUAGGCUUGUUUAUUUUGGACUUCACCUUGUAUAUAUGAAUAUGUAGGUACAUUUUAUAUGUGAAUGUGUACAAUACUUCACAAAAGUAAAUGUGCACCUACAUUGAAAACUAAAAUUUGUUUACACCGUCUAAGUAUCAUAUAUUUUUUAUCGAAUUGCUAAAGGAAGAUUAUAAAUAUUUAGUUAUAAUAAUUACAUUACGAGUUUUUUAGUUUUUAUGAAACUAAAUUUUUGUAAUAUAGUAAGGAUGAUUUUUUCUCUCAUUCCCAACUUAAAUUUAUUAUUCUUAGUAGAAAUGGUAUUACCCCAAGGAAACAUUAGCCAUAUGAAUUAAAAGCGGCAAGGAGAUAUUUUUACGUAUUUUUUAGUUAAAAAAAACAACAAAACUUAUGAAGCGAAAAUAGUUAUUUUCAAGAGAAAGGAGAAUAUCGUUUAUUUGCAUUCCAAGCGAGGUUUAGAUACUCGGAUCUAAAUUUGUAUGCAGGUAUAUGCAAGUCGAUUAAAAUAGUCCAUAAAGUGGAGGUGCACCAAAGAAAAUAGAGUGGAGAGUUCACGCAGAAAUAGUCGCCCAUCUGAAUAAAACUGGUAGAAGGACAAUUGUGUAUUUGUAAACUGCAAAAAAAUCAGCGACGACUGUGCUAGCUACAAUGAGCUUACUUUUAAAACAUUUUAGAAGAUCCCUGAUUUUCACAAUAAUGAGAUCUUCCAAUUCAUUAAAACAUGGUCUACCUAAAAUGGCAUAUCCUCGUUAGGACAAGGGCACAUAUGGUGUCAGAUCGUCUCUUCCUUACCUAGAUAGCUUCUGCACAAGUAAUGUGUUUGCACGCCCAACCUCUGGGCGUGUCUGCCUGUUUAAAGGAGUUCUAUUUAUAUAACACUAGCAAACCCGGCCCCCUUCGCUGGGCACAC